AUGAGAGGCAUGAGUCUCUACACCGGUCCCCUAUUCCUCCAACACCAGCAUGGUCGUUCGUGCAAUGUAUCAGAACCAGCACGACCAGAUCUUGCGCUCCUAGCGCGCAUGCCUAAACAACCGAUAUUGCCAAUAAUGCCCUCGCCCGAAGAAUCUGUCAAAGAAGAGUCAUCCGACGACUUCGAAGCCAUACAGUCUGGAGCACUGUUCACGCCUUGCUGUAUUGUUGUUUCUACAACGACUUCGGAGGGGAUGACUUUGGGCAAGGUCAAUAAUAACAACAAUGAUGAGCUUAGAUAUGAGCGACAGGAGGAGCACUGGGAAGAAGUCAGUGAAGAGCAUGAGGGGGUUGGAGACAUGGGUGGAGAUGUCAACAACCCAGAGAAUGAAGUCCAUCCUCAAACAAUGGGCUGGAUAGACGAGGACCUCGAGGAGCUCCACCAUAUGGCAAGACUCAAUGAUGCUCAAGACGCCAUGGCAUUCAUCACAGCUCUACGAAAGGCAUCAUUCGAUGACCCACACUCUUGUUUGCCUGACAACGCAAUCCAUAGACUUCGACACCCUCCUCGAGAACUUCCUGAUGCUACCAACCCUGACCUUAUACAAUCGUUAAAGUACUAUUUUGCCGACACUACAAUCAAAGCCUACAAUGCUAUCCAUGGUGCAACAAUGGAACAGCAUCCUGAGGAUGAUAUUUACACCCAUUAUCGCAUUCAACAGGCCAUUGCAGAGCUCAGCGGAGUUGUCCCGAUUGUGCAUGAUAUGUGCAUCAAUACCUGUCUUGCUUUCACAGGUCCCUUCACCCACCUUGACCAAUGUCCUAGAUGCAGAGAGGACCACUGGGACAUGAAAAAGAGCACUGAUCGCAAAAAGGCUGCAUGUCAAUGA